AUGUCUUCUUGCAAACUCUGCCACGGUCCUCUUGCCCCCUCUGCCUCUAUCAAGAAGCCACUUGAGUGCCAUGCCACUUGCAUCCAGUUCGCUUGUCCCGGCUGCGUCAAGGCCAACAAGCCUUCCUUCUCCAUCAUCAAUCUCAACAACCACAUCUACGACUACCAGUGUGCCGAGUGCACUGCUCAGACACCCACCGUCUCUCUUGUCACACACACCAAGGUCGGCCCUGCCAACGCCACAACAACCAUCUGCUAGCAAUGGAGUAUCUCAAUAGUCCAAGUUCAUCUGGUCUGAUCUUUGUGUAAUUAACUCUGUCUGUUGUAUCCA